CAAACAACCACAGAGGCUCGUGCCCCAUUUUCGGAGCGCAUCCCACCUGUAAUUACAGAAAGCAUCUCCAAAGCGCUGUGUGCUAACGUUUCUUUCUGCCGUGAGCCCACUAUCUUACCGUUGCCUUACCGACUGGAUUGUCGUCCUGCAAAAGAUAUCCGACACCAGACUGCAGCAGCGCGAUCAACCUGAGCUUCCCCAGGAACCAGCAGCUACCGAAUCAGUCGUGUGCCCGUCAUGGCCGAGCCCGGGGAUGAAGGCACCGCCGUCGCCGAGCCCCUCGAUCUGGUGCGCCUGUUGCUCGACGAAGUGGUUUGCGUAAAGCUCAGAGGAGACCGGGAGCUCAAAGGCCGCCUUCAUGCUUACGACAGUCACUGCAACCUCGUGCUCGGUGAUGUCGAAGAGACCAUCUACGUCGUCGAUGAUGAGGAUGACGAUGAAGUCAGGACUGUCAGCAGAAAAUCCGAAAUGCUGUUUGUGAGAGGAGAUAGUGUCGUGCUCAUAUCUCCGCAGUCACGACCUUUCUGAGGUCAGAUUAGGGUGAUGGGUUUGCGUCGCAGGAACAUGAGUAUACCUCGUGCAGGUCAGAUAGGUUGAUCUCUUGCUGGGAGAGCAAAGUCUCAAGUAGCCAAUUGAGUAAACUGCAAACCAAGCGCGUUGAGUCCUGGGAUCGACGAUGGCUAGAGCAGCCAAGCUCUUCACGACGCGAGCUAAAUAAACAUGAGCCUAUUGUACAACCAGCAUGUUCUCAAAUAUCCGAGGAUUCUAGUCAGAUGAAGCAACGGGAGCUGGCCCGCAUUUUCUCGUAACAGACUUGCAGUCACAGUAUCAACAUGCAAAAGUGGCAGUAAGGGGG